GGGGGCUGGGCCGCGGCGACAGCGGCGGCACGGGGUGAAAUUUCUGGAAGGUGCGGCCGGAGCGGGGCCGCGAUCGGGAUCAGGAUCGGGAUCAGGAUCAGGGCCGUGGGGCGGUGACGGCCCCCAGCGCCGCCGCCAUGAAUCACAAGAGCAAGAAGCGGAUCCGUGAGGCGAAGCGCAGCGCCCGGCCCGAGCUGAAGGACUCGCUGGACUGGACCCGUCACAACUACUGCGAGACCUUCCCCCUCAGUCCCAGCGCCUGCAAGGAUAACGUGGAGAGGGCAGAUGCACUCCAGUUAACAGUGGAGGAGUUUGUUGAGCGUUAUGAAAAGCCUUACAAACCCGUGGUGUUGCUGAACGCUCAGGUGGGCUGGUCUGCCCAGGAGAAAUGGACGCUGGAGCGGCUGAAACGCAAGUACAGGAACCAGAAGUUCAAAUGUGGGGAGGACAAUGACGGUUACUCUGUGAAGAUGAAGAUGAAAUAUUACAUAGAGUACAUGGAAACCACGCGUGAUGACAGCCCCCUCUACAUCUUUGACAGCAGCUAUGGAGAACAUCCCAAGCGAAGGAAACUCCUGGAGGACUACAAGGUCCCCAAAUUCUUCACUGAUGAUCUCUUUCAGUAUGCAGGGGAGAAACGACGGCCACCUUACAGAUGGUUUGUGAUGGGCCCACCUCGUUCUGGAACAGGAAUUCACAUCGAUCCCUUGGGAACUAGUGCCUGGAAUGCCUUAGUCCAGGGACAUAAGCGUUGGUGCCUGUUCCCAACCAGCACUCCCAGAGAGCUGAUCAAAGUGACACGGGAAGAGGGAGGGAACCAGCAGGACGAGGCCAUCACCUGGUUCAAUGUCAUCUAUCCUCGGACACAGCUUCCCACCUGGCCCCCCGAGUUCAAACCCCUGGAAGUCCUACAGAAACCAGGAGAGACAGUCUUUGUUCCAGGUGGCUGGUGGCACGUAGUGCUCAAUCUUGACACGACUAUUGCCAUCACACAAAACUUUGCCAGCUGUACCAACUUCCCAGUGGUGUGGCACAAGACAGUAAGAGGGAGACCGAAACUGUCACGGAAAUGGUACAGGAUCCUAAAGCAGGAACAUCCUGAAUUGGCAGCCUUGGCUGAUUCAGUUGACCUGCAGGAAUCUACUGGUAUUGCUUCUGACAGUUCUAGUGAUUCUUCCAGUUCAUCAAGUUCCAGCUCCUCAGACUCUGAUUCAGAGUGUGACUCCGGCUCGGAGACAGAGGGCAUGAUGCACCGCAGGAAAAAGCGGAGGACGUGCGGAAUGAUGGGGAACGGGGACACAACUUCCCAGGACGACUGCGUGAGCAAAGAGCGCAGCUCCUCCAGGAUUAGGGAAUCUUGUGGAGGCCGCAGCUAUCCCUGAGGGAUAACACCACCUGCCCAGAGGCAGCUGCCGAUCAAAGCUCCGUUAGCAGCCAGCCAGCUCUGUUCUACCCCCUUCUGCUUCUAUUUCUCUCACUCCUUAAGUUUUUGUCACUCUUCCUCGAUCCAGACGUCUUUGUUGCGUGCUGUCCAAGAUUGGCUCCUGAAUAACCUGUAGGGGAAUGCCCUGACUGUGUCCUUUGUGCAAUGCUUUGUCCCCUCUGCGCCCCGGGUGAGUGCACUAUAACCCAGCCGUGGGUAAGGACAUGCCAAGUGUUCAAUGGGUCAUGGAACUGGCAAGGGAGACAACGGUCAGUUUUUAAAGAACACUUUUUAAAACCAGCAGGUUAAAUGUAAAAACCUGCCUUGCUUUGACACUGUCAUAUGUUUACAUGUUGUCCUGUACACUUGAGGAAAGGAACACCAGCCCUUUUGGCCUAUCAGAACGUCUGGUGGAUCUCACACCAGGAUUUAAGGAAAGACAAGGAAGAAAUGAGCUUCUGCAAGCACUGAGCUGUGGAAAAUGAGUCCUUGGAUCUUACCCUGCCGUCGGGACUGGCGCUUCCAAGCGUGUGUCUCAUAAAAUCCUGGUAUGCGGGCACUUGGAAAGACCCCACCAGGAUCACAGAGUUCAACUCCUGGCCCUGCACAAAAACCAAGAGCCCCACCCUGUGCCCAAGAGCAUUGUCUAGACACUUCAUGAACUUGGACUCAGUGCGGUGACCAUUGCCUUGGGGGAGCCUGUUCCAGUGCCCAGCCACCCACUGGGUGAAAAACAUUUUCGUGAUAUCCAACCUAAACCUGCCCUCACUCAGCUCCAGCGAUUUCCUUGAGUCCUGUCACUGGUCACAAGAGUGAAGAGAUCGGUACCUGCCUCUCUGCUGUCCCUUAUGAGGCUGCUGAAGAGCCAAAUGAGGUGUGACCUCGGUCUCCUCCAGGCUGAACAGACCAAGUGACCUCAGCCACUCCCUCCUACGGCUUCCUCUCCAGACCCUUCACCAUCCUCAUGGCCUCCUUUGGAUGCUCUCCAAUGGCUUAAUGUCUGUUAGAUGUGGUUCCCAGAACUGCCCCCGGCACUGAAGGUGAGGCUGCCUCAGUGCAGAGCAGAUCAGGAUAAUCCCCUCCCUUGCCUGGCUGUCGAUGCUGGGUCUGAUGCCCCCAGGACAUGGUUUGCCCUCUGGCCUCCAGGCACUGCUGACUCAGAUCCAACUUGCCACCAACCAGGGUCCCCAGGUCCCUUUCCACAGCUCUACUCUCCAUCCUCUCGUUCCCCGGUCCACACAAUGAGGCGCACCCGGACCCCAGUGCAGAAUCCAGCCCUUGCCCUUUAGUUGAACUCCACACGGUGUGUGAUUGCCCAUCUCUCUUAAUUUGUUGAGGUCUCUACCCUCAAGGGAGUUGACAGCUCCUCCCAAAUGAAUGUUGUUAGCAAACUUAAUAUUCCUUCCAGUCGUGUGUGCAAGUUAUUAAUGAGGAUGUUGAAUAGCACAGGGAUGUGGAUGGAGCCCUGCAGAACCCCACUAGUGACCAGUGCCAGCCUGGUGUCACACCAGUCACUGUCACCUUUGUGUCCAACCUGUGAGUUAGUUGCUCAUCCAUCAUGUAACACGGUUAACCAGCUGUGGGCAGGACAGGUCACUGGGAGAGACAAUAUCCAAAGCUUUGCUGCAGUCCAGAAGGUGACAUCUACUGGCUUUCCUAGAUCAACCAGCUGGGUCACCGUGUCACAGAAGGAGAUCAUAUUCAACAGCAGGACUUUCCCUUCAUGAAGCUGUGCUGGCUGUGACUGAUGCCUGCAUUGUUCUCCAAGUGUUUUUCAGUACUUCCCAGAAUCAUCUCUUCCAUGAUUUGGCCAGGCACUGAAGUGAGACUGACAGGCCUGUGGUUUCCAGGAUCCUCCUCCUUGUUCUUCAAAUUGGGACAUUUGCCAGCUUCAGUCAGCUGGAACUCCUCCGGAUUCCCAAGACUGCUCAGAAAUCAUUGACAGGUUUUGCGGUGACAUCAGCAGCAUCUUGAGGAUUCUCAGAUGAACCCCACGAGGCCCUAUGGAUUUGUAGGCAUCCAUCUGGAGCAGCAGAUCCUGCAGCUUGGGGGUCACCUGGGAGUUGAAUGUUCUCACAGUCACAGUCCUCCAGCUCAGGGCACUGAGAUCCCCUUGGUCCGUCAUCUGUGCUGAAGACAGGCAAAGAAACAUUAAACACCUCUGCCUUGUCCGUGUCCAUGUUUUUGAGGUGACCAUCCUCGUCCUGGAAUGAACCAGUGUUAUUUCUGAUUUGCCUUUUGCCAUUAAUAUAUUUGAAAAAACUGUUUUAAUUUCCCCACAGUUCUGGCCAGUUUCAUCUCCAGUUGAGCUUUGGCCACAUGGAAUUUCUCUCUACGGUGGCGGCAGCAUUUCUGUAUUCUCCCCAUGUCACCGGACCUUGCUUCUGCUGGGCAAACACCUUCCUUUUUCAUCUUAUUUCUGAGAGAAGAUCCCUGUUCAGCCAAGGAAGGGAAGGUGGUGUGAAUGCCCCAAGCACUGAGGCAACUUCAGCAGAGGUGACCACCAUCCUGAAGCAUCUUCUGUGUUCUGAAUCUGCGUGCUCCAUGCACGCACACCUGAGGUGCAACACCUGAACCAGCAGCAGUCCAUCUACUUCACUCUGUGUCUGUCACGGUGACAGGUAACAAAGCUGCACUAGCCCCUUGUGAUGGGAAGCUCAGUGGAGCAGAAGAACCCUGGAGUUUCCUGCACAGCAAAAACUGUGGCAGGAAAAAGUCAGCAUUUGCCAGUAAUGCCAGUCCUUCAGGUGCAGGUGUGAUGUUUAGCACAAGGCAGCUGCUGACAAAGUCUGAUUGUGGCACAGUCACAUUUGCUGGGCUUGAAACACCAAACCGUUCCGGGGCCAUGGUGCAGUUCACAUCCCUGAAUGGUUUUUCUUUGAGGUUAUGCAUUCAGACCUUUCUGAAAGUUGCAGUGCCAAUUUUAAAGGACUGAGGAGGGGGACGUGUUGUUGUUUUAUGCUUUUUAAAAACGCAAUGUGUUGCUUAAGUCUGUGUAGAUGCAUUUGUAUUAUGCCAGGUAAAGCUCUCAUCCCCAAGGGAUCUUUCGGAGCUGCUGGUUUGUUACAUUAGCAGGGGCUUGUGCUGGUGGUGUGUCUGUGUGGCUGAAGGUGCUGCCAGGAAAUCUGAACUUCCCAUGGGCUGCUUCAAUAGGUGCUCCUGUGAGCCCUAGGAGGUGGGUACAGAACUCACUUCAGCCAUUUUUUGGGAGAGGAAACUUGACAGCAGAAGUGCUAUACAUGUAGUAAACACACAGCAAUGCCCAGGCACUGAUGAAAGAGCAAAUUAAAGAGAGAUUAAAGCCUCAGCUGUGACUUUUUAAACGUGUUGGGUUUGGUGGAACCUGGAGUGUUGCUUUUCUGGGUUCUCUGAUCCAUUUUUAACCUUGUCUCUUCCUUAUUUAAACACUCCUGGGCCAUGUCCUUUUGUACAAAGGAAUCCUAAAUGUUUGUCAGGAUCUCUGUUUUAGACUUUUUUGUGCCAGUCGGUUUGUGUAAGAGCAGUGUGGUGGUGGGGAAAUGGAGAGAGGGAAGGUUUAUUGAUAACAUUUUUCAGCUCUCCAGACUCCCAAAUUUCCUGUGAUAGAUAGCCAGGCAUAAGCAAGCACACUUGCUCUGUAGCCACUGCAGAUUCUUCCACAAGAUCACUUUAAAAAUCCUCCAACUUCUUCAACUCCUGGCAUUUCUGGCCAAGGCUGAACAGCCUGGGAGCCUGCACAGUCUGUGUGUGUCCACUCAGAGCUGGCUGCAGCUGCUGCCUUUUGGUAAAAUGUGGGGCUUGGAGAGGUGAAGGCUCACAAGAUUCAGCUCUGUCACGGUGAGGGGAGUCCUUGGAGAGCUGUCCCUGCCCUCUCUGGUGGCUGGCCAGCACCUCAGUGAGAUGCAGCUGCAUUUGGCACAUGUGGUUCAGUUUGCACAGUCUUAAAAUCUGUUGUGAAAGCCUGAUUGCUGUGCUGGGAAAGCCACACCUCUGCCUCUAGAAGCACAGUGGGAAGAUCCAGUGUGCAGAGCAUUCUUCCACGCCUGUGAGCCCUUCCAUGGUGUGAAAUAAAGCAAUUCCAGGUGAAGUCUGUGUUGGUGUGACACCCCUCACAGAAAAGCAGCGUGUUUACAACAGACUGCAGACAUCACGAUACCAGCAACCCUCUCCUGACUGCUCCACAGGGCACUUCUGCUGUGAAGCAGUGUCUGUGCAGGCUACCUGGCAAUCAGGAUCCAGGAUCUCCAGUUCUUCCACUUCUGGCUUUUGCCUCAGCCACCUGGGUGAGUCUUUGAGCAGUGAGGAAAUUCCCUACCUGGAAGGGCUGUUGUGAAGCUGAACUGUAGCUGCUGUGUGAGAUGCCUUGAAGCCAUCCACCCACAAAAAGUGUUUCAUUAAUCCUGAGCAACCCGAGACUUCCGAGCUUGGAGGGAGGAUUUUGUAGCAGAAAACAUUGGGGAUGUUGUUCAACACUCUUGGCCACGUGGUGUUCUGUGGUGGCCCUGCCAGAAUUGCUGUGCGGUAGGUAAGUUGUAGCAGCACAAGACUUUCUGUUUUCACCAGGGUUGAACUGUUGCUGUUCCAUGGCCUGCUCUAAACAGGAGGUCCUGCUAGAGCAGGAUCGGUUUUUAAAUAGGACUAGAUGCAAUUCUCUCACCAUAGUCAGCUUCACUGGCCUUACAGGAAUAGAGGGAGCUGGUGCUUCCCAGGCCCUCAUUUCAGGCUGGGUGAGUGAGGAACAGUUAAAAACUGUGCUCCCUUUGUGCCUCGCUCCGUGCUUGAGGGACGCUGGCUGGGGAGAGUGGGCCCUGUGCUCUCACUUCUCCAGGCUCGUGCUUCUUGGGACAUCCUUGUCUCUUGUUCCAACCCUGCUGCUUUCGUACUCUAGAGGCCCUGGAUGCAGCUGGUCCAGCACUCUGUGGGCCCCUCAUUUCCUUGAGCCCCAGAGCAGCAGCACAGCUUUGCCUCACCUCUCUGGGGCUUUGGGAACUGCCCUGUUCCCCAGGGAUGGGCAGAGAGCCUCAGGCUGGGUGUUAUUGUCACAAUCCUGCCUGCUCUGGAAAAGGUGAUGAGAUUUGGGAGCUCUGGCUGUGCUUUAGAGCCUGGUGACAGACACAGGCUGUGAGAGUUCAGGGGGAAACCACCCGACACCAUCAGAACCACAAAUGUGGACAAGAGGCACCAGUCCCAGCACCUGUUCCUGCACAAGUGCUGUGGGAGCAGGUGACACCGAGGAGCCUCUGGCACACCUCCCUCCCCUUCCCAGCUCGUGUGUGCUGGCUCCGGUUUGUCUCCUCAGUUACAUCAAACCUCUCUAAAUGCUUCAAGGAAAGACAGCACCCUCUUUCAUAGUUAACUUCUACUCUCCUCCCUGAGUCCCCAGCCGUUGUGGGCUGGGAAUCGAGACUGUUGGCUGAAUCCAGUCUGAAAUACCUGUGUGGGCACAUUGUAACAGGAGAUUUUUGGUGUCCCCCUUGUAAAGGGGGGAAGGAAAGUGUUAACCCUUUCAUGUGACAGUCCCACUGUCAGCUCCAAGCCCUGCCGCUGCCCUUAGCUGCUUUUAUCACCGAUCCAGCAGAGCUGGGAUACUUGUCUUGUUCGGAUGAUUGUGGUUUUGCUUUUUAUUUUAAAUAAAAUUAAUUAUUUUGCAUUA